ACACCCCUUCCCCCCUCUCUUUUACGCUUUUCCUUUUUCCUCUCCCCUCUCUGCUUUCUCUGUUCUGCUGCUUUUCCUUUUCCUUGUUAUGCUCAAGAGGGUCAGAUAUGGCCGUUGAUUUCAUGGGUUACAGAAACACCAGCAGCAAUAGCAGCUUCUCCGCCAAGUUGGAAGAAAACGCCGUGCAGGAAGCGGCUUCCGGCCUCGAGAGCGUCGAGAAGCUUAUUCGGUUGCUGUCGCAGACGCAGCAGAACCAGCACCAAGAGAAGUAUCCGUUGACGGCUAUGGACAUGGAUUGCAGAGCCGUCGCCGACGUCGCCGUUUCCAAGUUCAAGAAGGUCAUUUCUCUUCUGGGUCGGACCCGGACCGGCCACGCCCGGUUCCGGCGAGCCCCUUUGACUUUGACUUCCGGGUCGUCUUUCCAACCCCAAUACCAGAGCCAUAGCCAAGACAUCGUCGUCAAGCAAGCUCCUUUAGAGUCCACCGAAGUUUACCAUGCGACGCCGAUCCAGCAGAUCCCGCCUCCUCAUCACCAUCACCACAGUAUGGUGCUCGAGAGCACUAUGGACUCCUCUAACACUAUAAAUUUCUCGUAUUCAGCUGCGACGUCGUUUAUGUCGUCGUUGACCGGCGACUCCGACAGCAAGCAACCAAUGUCGUCUUCGGCUUUUCAAAUUACCAAUUUGUCCCAGGUUUCCUCAGCCGGAAAGCCGCCGCUUUCCUCCACCUCGCUGAAGCGCAAGUGCGGCUCCGAGAACUUGGGCUCUGGGAAGUGCGGUGUUGGAUCCUCCGGCCGCUGCCAUUGCUCUAAGAAGAGAAAGCUGAGACAGAAGAGGGUUGUAAGAGUUCCAGCUAUAAGCUUGAAGAUGGCGGAUAUCCCACCCGACGAUUACUCCUGGAGAAAGUACGGACAGAAACCCAUCAAGGGAUCUCCACAUCCAAGGGGAUACUACAAAUGCAGCAGCGUAAGAGGAUGCCCGGCUCGAAAACACGUAGAGAGAGCUCUGGACGAUCCGGCAAUGCUAGUGGUUACCUACGAAGGUGACCACAAUCACUCUCUCUCAGUUGCAGAGACCUCCAAUCUCAUUCUAGAAUCUUCUUAGAUCAUCAAAGUUGAAUCUUUUGGGUUUUUUUUCCUUCUUUUUGCUUUGGGAGGGGAAUUAAUGGUAGUACAGUGAUGGUAGUUUUACAGUUCCAACUCGGACUGACUCGGUCGGACUCAGUUCCAUCUCGAAGGAGGUGAUGAGUUGAGUCAAAUUAGUUCAUUGUGCUGUACAAUAUGGGGAUUCCCUUUCUCUUCAAACAAUGUGAAUUAAAUCUUAUUUAAAACAAAAAUAGAAACAAUGAUAGUGGAUUUGGUAUUAUA